CCCUUGACAAAGUGCCGCCGCUCUUCAACGCUUGCUGUGCUUGUUUUCGUGCUUGUCAACAUCUUCCUUAACCCACACACCGUGUCGGCGCGUAAGUGUCAUAUCAACAAAUAAACAGGCCUCUUAUGCUUAAAAACUACGAUACUUUAAGUUGGCAUUCUGAGGACGUGUAUAGUAAAUCGAAGGAGAGCAAAAUUAUGCGAUGGAUGCUAUCGAUAUUUGCUCAUAGGAUCAAUGGCUUUUUCGAGGAUGUCUGGAUCGGACCGCACAUAAUCCUUCAAUGAAUAUUUGGAAAGCGGCCUAGUGAAUGAGCAUAAACAUUAUAGCUAUACGACAAAAAAGUUACACGACAACUUCCCGUUAUAAGUUUCUAACUGCAUUCAGUGUAUAGCUUCUUCUUUAAGGCAUUCGAGCGUAGGGUUCAACGACUCGGUGCACACGAUGAGAGGUCUUCGCAUUUGCUACAGAUGCUCCUAUUAUAUUAGAUUCAUCAAUAGGUCUUCAUCAGUAGUAGACUUCAUACCGCGUUUACAAAGAUACUUGCAAUUUGACGAUCAUUUGCAAUUUUUAUAGGUUUGCUGUUCUUUUUAUUUUCACAGGAAGCAUAGCUUUAACAAAACGUGCGGCCUUUUAUAUUGCUAACGGAACAGGUGAGAUACUCUCUAGAUAGUCUAUGUUAAGCUAUCAAAUAAAUGUACAGAAAAGAUAAACUCGUUUUUCGAAUAAGCUUUUUUUUUUAGCUGCUUUUGUUAUUUACUAAAAUCUGGCAUUUCAAAGAAAUGUUCACAGGAAGUCUCCUUAAAGAACUUCAGAUGGCGGUGAGUCUCCAGUACGAUUGUGUGGCUUAAGAACGCCCUCUAGUUUCAGACGGGCAUAGAAUACAGCGGCAACACCCGCGAAUCAUAGGCUCUAUCUACGCCAUUUCUGAAAUGAUUAUCUUCCGAUUUACCCUAAAAGAUGAUAAACAUAAAUAUUUUAUAUAAAAAAUUAUAUUUAAGAAAGUAUCGUAACCUAAUGACGACAUUCAAAAUGAUUGGACGCUGCCGAGGAUCUGGAUGGACCACUGUAUGCAACGUCGACGGCGUCAUUUACCAGAAUAACGAGAAGAUCCCAACUGAUAAUCCUUGUGAGGUUUGUUACUGUCGACCACCCGGGUUCGCCUGCGUUCUCAAAGACUGCGAACUAAAACCACAUUGCAAAGCCGUUCGAAGAGAAGGCCAAUGCUGUCCAGACUAUCAUUGUGAUGGAUGUGAGCAUGACGGGCAGUUCUUCUCCGACGGUCAGGUUAUUCCAAAUACGGGAUCCCCCUGUUAUACUUGUUAUUGUCAGGGUUCAUCUAUCAGCUGUUCACUAGUAAGCUGUAGUUUUCGGAACGAUUGUGCCGCUCGUUAUAACCCCGGUGAAUGCUGUCCACGUUAUGAGCACUGCCCCCCAAAGGAUGUUAAUACAACUGAGACGCUUCAGCCCGCUCGACUUCCUACAACACUCUUCCAAUCGCGCUUAGCUAAAUUCAAAUCGCGCACUACCUUUAAAGCCCAACUUCCCGGUGCUCCUGUUGGUACCUCGGGUCAAAUUUUAAUUCACCACAACGGGCUUGAGUUUGUGCCUACAAGCCCACCCCCCGUUCGACCCACACUGUAUUUUACCGGCUUUACUACCCCGGAGCGUGAGAAUGAAAUCGACAACAACAACAACAACAACAACAGCCAGAGCAGCGUCGGUACUAUUAGACAAUUUACUUUAUCUGGCCGCGUACCUCUCUUUUCGAAUACAGCACCCGAUGAUGGCCAUAAUCAUAAUGAAGGAACGCUUACCUCACAUAUAUCUGGAGGAGACCUAGAUAUAACGGGACGCCCUCAAGCAAUCACGGCCAUUCCGCGGAUAACAACUGAAACACCUGCGAGUACAACGAUCCAGAUACCGACUUCUCUGGAACCCUCAGCUCACACUGCAGUGGAUAAAAUUUCGGUGCGAGUCGAUGGUCACGAGAACGAGACGAGCGGUAGUGGAAAUUUACAUCAUAGACGGACGACUAAUACACUUCAACCUGAAAUGACCGUUUCAACGAUCACGACAACAGCGGUCACGACGCUGACCACAAUGCCUCCUGCUCCUUCUACGCCCUCAGUGACAACGACAGCUACGACACCAACCACAACGACACUGACGACAACGACUUCAACUACGAGCAGCCCCGUCAAUACAACUUCAACAACUCCAACAAGGAUUAGUACCACCACGAUGAAAACAACGGCGCCAUUACGGCCUUCAGAACCUGUAACAUCCGUGGCUACUCCGCUAACCAGCAAACAACAAGAGUCUAAUAGCGACUCAUCGCUGGGAAAUCCCUUAAAAACCGUCGAUGUUCCGGAAGAAAACAUCCAUCGUAUUGAUGAUGUCACCCACAAACUAACGGCGGUCACAAAAUCCAUCUAUAAUAAGGCAUCGUCAGCCAGCCCUGGAACGAUCGAAGAUUGGGAACUGGAAGAGUUUCGUCGCGCCGUUGAACUUCUCGAAACACAUUACCGUAAUUUCUACGGUCGGGCACAAAAUUUACCUGCUGGCGCGGCAACACAUGCAAACGCCAAUAAGAUACCUCCAACACCUUCAAAUCUGCGACGUCGCGAUAGUCUACCUAUCCUAGAUCAAGACAUGAUCGACGCGUUAUUCACUGAUGAAAAUCCGCCUGCACAAGUGUCUCAGAAACCAGCAACGACGCCCAUUGCUCAGACCACUUCUCGACCUCCCAAAGGUCCCCAACUUAAGACAUCUGAUGGACUGGAGGAUCUCAUUAUUCCUGAACAAAUGCCGCUGCUGGGACCUGGAGAUACCGAACUACGGUCCGAAAUCUCAAAAAACACAACCGAAAAGGAUAUCGAGCAGUUUCUACGUGCGACUUUGGAAGAAGACGAUCAGAGACGAAAAGCAAUCGCUAUCGAGGGACCAGGACAAAGUAUUAAUGGAUCAGCAAAUGGUGCCGGCUCUCCUACCGAGUCGUCGGCCGAGAAGCCGGUUCAGACCAUCAGCACAGAGGUGACAACGAGUCAUCCAUCGACUGAACUCCCGCCUCUGGGGUCGAGCAACGAAACAACGACUCCAACAGUACUGGAUGGGGAUGAAACGUUCCAUGAAUUAAUGCAACCCUCGAUUGUUGCGGCCGUUGGUGUCUCAAGAGCACUGGAAGCCAAGGGUGACGGUGCGAAUGUCGCUCGAAAGGUUGCUUUGCCGUCGCCGCAUCAUUUUAUACUCCGCUCGGACGAUGAUGUGCCGGAUCGACUUUCAGGUCAGACGAGCUCAUCCGUUCAGGCAAGUUGCAAUCUCACCGGACAGCUCGCCGGCCUUUUGGACACGUUAAGCAGGACUUCAAGGUCGCACGAUCCUGUUUUAGACUUUUUGAAAAGAGCGAUCCGCAGCCACGCUAUAAUGCAUCCAGAUGAUGUUAGAACCUUCAUGAAGGCCAAAGAGUCGAAUUCACAGCCCGUCUAUCAAGCGAACACUUUACCAAAAGCAAGCGAUAAGGCUCAUUUCCUACCGAAUGUCGACGAUAUUGACGGUAUCACACAGCGGUAACGUGACUUCCACCCCCUGGACCUGAGAAUGCGCAACAAAUGAACUUGUACAGAGUUUUAAGUUAGAAAAGAAAAAGCAAGGAUUAAAAAACGAAAAAUAAAAAUACGUUAGGUAGCUCGAUAUGACAAGUAGAAGUAUGAUGUGAUAAUUACGAUAAUGAUAAUGCAGCUUUGAUGAUCGUAACCUUACGAGGCAGCUCUUCCUGCGACGAAAUUACAAAAAAGCUAAAUAUUCUCUUGUAACUCGGCCUUCAACCUUCCGAAUCGAAACGGUACUUCGCUCGAAACCUUAAUGACUAUAUAUUAUAAGGUACCUUUGACCAUUUUUCGAUGUUUAUAUUCUCAUCCCUUGUAUUUCGAUAUUUGCAAGCUUUAGUGUGUGAAUGCACGUGAGAGUGUGGCCUUUUAGGUCGAUAAACACAAAACCUGUCCCUAUAAACAAGUCGCGGAUGUAAGUCGUUUUCUACCGUCUGCUUCAUUAAAAUAUACUGCCAUUGGCUCGAGUUGGCGUAUUGUACCAUUAUGUGAAAAUCUGAUCCUCGAUAACGGAUAGAGAGGACUGUGUUGGCAAAGGCCGUCGCAGAUUAACAAUAAGCAGGAAUGCCAUGAUCUGAAAUUUACUGCUUCUGAAAACACUUCUGUACAAAUUAGAGACUCUUAUUAUGGGCAAGUUCUACAAUUGCCUACAAACAGAACUUAAGGCCAACUGAAUUAUUGAAAUUUUCGUUUGGAUUUGUUUUUACAACACCUGAGUGUUGCAGUUCUUGUUGCGCGGGGUAAGGGAAAUCGCUAAGGCGAGUAACAGCAAUUUAUCGAGAAAUCUUUCACUCUAAUUUAGAAACGAUGUUACCUAGGUAGCCGCUAAUUAUAGAAAAUUAUCUUAUAGCAGCAAGAAAUAGAUGUGUAUGUGUAAGGGCAACAAAAGUUCAAAUACUCAUAUACGGUAUAAAAAAAACUUUUGAAGUUCAACUUCCUGCUGUAAGAAUUAUCUUGCUUCUAUUUAAAUCGUAUUUAUAAAUAGUUGCUAGAUAGAAGGUAAUUUAUUUACUUAAUACUAAUUAUUUUAUUUACA